AUGAGUAACACCAGUCUACUCACUACUGCCAUUGGCUGGACGGUUGUCCUCGGCGCAGCAGGAUACUACUACCUCAACAAUAAAUCCAAGGACAAAACCAAACCUCAGAAUGUUGUCAAACAAGCGAGUAAGGUUGUUGAAGAUCGCAAGGAGCCAAAGUCCAAGAAAUCCAAGAAGGAUAAUGGAUUGAGCAAUGGUGAACAGGACAACAAGUCUUCUGCCAAGACCGAAAAGAAGAAAACUCCUGCUCCUCAGAAACCCGAACCCAAGCAGGAAACUGCUAGGCCUGUCGCCAAUGAUUCCGAUGAUGAUGAUGAUGCGGAAAAUAACCGUAAAUUCGCUCUUCAAUUCGCCAAAACUCAAGCUGGUACUCAACUCUCUGGUAAAUCUUCUACAACUGCAAAUCGUCAAAAGUCUGUCAAACAGUCUCGUGCACAAGAAAAGGAAAUUAAAGACUCUGGAAAUAUCACCGCUGGCGAUGCUGAUGAUGAUCAAUCCUUCACCAAUUCUCCUGAAGUUGGCCCAACCAGUGUUACAUCUCCUAUCGCAAGUGGUAUCGCUGAUAUGCUUGAACCUGCUGCCCCUGGUCCGUCCGUCUUGAAAGUUACUGAACCUACCAACCCUAAGCCAGCCAAGAAAGAAAAAGCCAAGGCUGCUCCACAACCUACCGAGACAAAGAAGCAAAGACAAAACCGCGCCAAGAUUGAAGCUGCCAAACUCGUAAGAGAGCAAGAAGAAAAGGAACGCAAGAUUAAGGAAGAAAAGCAACGUCGUACAGCUAGAGAAGCCGAGGGUAGGGCUGCUAAGGAUGGCAGUCAAUUCAUGGCCUCCCAAGCUGCUAAGUCCGCUUGGACUGCCUCCCCUGCCGACAAUGCCACAAAUACUUCUGGUAAUGCUGGCAAGUUUGACUUGCUUGACACCACCGAGGAUAAGACAGACAAGAAGACCGCUGCUCCAGUUAGAAAUUUCUCAGAGAGUGAGGUUACAGGCAGCCAAUGGCAAGGAUACGGAGAUUAUGAUGAACGUGUCAAGACUGUCAUUGAAGAUUCUCGUGAAUGGGAGCAAGUUUCAAGCAAGAAGAAGAAGGCUAAGAAGGAGAAGAAGGAGAGUGCUGUUGCCGAGGGUGCUGGAACCACCAGCUCAAAUGAUGAGAAAGAGUACACCAUUCCACCAAAAACUGAACGAAGUGCUCCAGGACAAAAGUGGACAGCAGACCUAACUUAUGUCGACAAGGAUGAUAAUGUUCAUGAGAUUCAGAAAGAACUUCAAGAUUCUGAAUGGGUGGUUUCAUAA